AUGCCAGUGUUGAUGCGCGUGGGAACCCUAGUUGGCGAGCUGGACGACCUCAUGUUUGGCGUUGUAAACCCUACGUUGGAUACCAUGCGCGUCAAGGCGUCGUAUGUACACGAUCUCGACGCUGCCUCGAUAUUGUGUCCGAUUAUCGAACCAAACAACGACGAACCGUUCCGGUCACUUAUUAUCAAAUGGAUGACGAGCGAUGCGCCGCUACAGUCCACAAGUAUCGUGAAUAUGCGGGACUUUGUGUAUAUCGAGGCGACGGGUGUUGUCCACUCCAGUAAUGGCGACCGUGUCGGGUACCACUUGAUCCAUUCGAUCGAGUUCCCACAGACAAAGCCGAGACCUGACGUGGUACGUGGGAAUGUGUCAUAUUUUGGCUUCUUUCGACAGCUUGAGCACAACGUUCUCGAUGCAUUUGGGUCGAAUGAAGAAAGUAUCGUGGAUGCUACAGCGUCAACACGCGAGUGA